AUGUGUAUUGCAUCGGCCAUCUUUUACAUUGGCAGGAUAUUAUUUCUUGGGUUGGGCCUAAUUUUCGACCGCAAAGAUGGUGUUUUUCGAAACCUGUGGCCCUAAUGAAGCCAUGGUUGUGUCGGGUUGUUGUCACAAUAAGCCGUUACUUGUGCCUGGUGGACGAGUGUUUGUCUGGCCUGGAAUACAGAAACUACAGAGGAUAGAACUGAACACCAUGACUUUGACAAUUGAAAGUUUUCAUGUGACUACACAACUUGGUGUCCCCAUUUCUGUUAUUGGGGUCGCUCAGGUGAAGAUUCAGGGUCAGAACCAAGAGAUGUUAGCGACAGCCUGCCAGCAGUUCCUUGGCAAGUCUGAGGGUGAGAUCAGGAAGAUCGCCCAAGAGACACUCGAGGGUCACCAGAGGGCUAUCAUGGGGAACAUGACUGUAGAGGAAAUCUACAAAGACAGGAAGAAAUUCUCCAAGGCGGUGUUCGAAGUCGCUUCCUCCGACUUGGUGAACAUGGGCAUCAGCGUAGUCAGUUACACGCUGAAGGACAUCCGUGACGACGAAGGUUACCUCAAGUCCCUCGGUAUGGCCCGUACAGCCCAGGUGAAGAGGGAUGCCAGGAUUGGUGAGGCGGAGGCGAGGAGGGAUGCUGGAAUCAAGGAAGCAAUUGCAGAAGAGCAGCGCAUGGCCUCUAGAUUCUCCAACGAUAUCCAGAUCGCAAAGGCCCAGAGAGACUUUGAACUGAAGAAGGCAGCUUACGACAUGGAAGUACAGACAGAGAAGGCAAAGUCUGAGCUUUCUUAUGAUUUACAGGCCGCCAAGACCAAACAGAAGAUCAAAGAGGAACAGAUGCAGAUUAAGGUCGUCGAGCGUUCGCAACAAAUUCUGGUCCAGGAGCAGGAGAUCACACGAAAGGAUCGUGAAUUAGACGCCAUGAUCAAGAAACCAGCCGAGGCUGAAAAAUACAAGCUGGAAAAAUUGGCUGAGGCCGACAGGAAUCGUAUCAUUCUAGAGGCGGAGGCAGAUGCUGAAGCUGUCAAGGUGAAGGGAGAUGCAGAGGCGUUUGCCAUCACACAGAAAGCCAAGGCUGAAGCUGAACAGAUGGCCAAGAAGGCUGAUGCCUGGAAGGACUACCAGGACGCUGCCAUGGUCGACAUGAUUCUGGAAACCCUACCCAAGAUUGCCGCAGAAGUUUCUGCGCCAUUGGCCGAGUGCAAGAAGGUGACCAUGGUAUCCAACGGUAGCGGCUCAGUUGGAGCAUCCAAGCUUACUGGUGAAGUGAUGGACAUUAUUGAGAGGAUGCCUAAAGUUGUUCAGGCCAUGACCGGCGUGGAUAUUUCCAAGAGUAUGAAGACAGCCAUGCGCCGUUCAUGAAGAGAUCGUAACCGGUAGAUGAGCUUUCGAUGCAACGCAACCAAUAGACAAAUCACUUAGUUGGCUAUCCGACUUGUUAUCAUGGAAACUGGACUUCCUGGUUACCAUUAUCUUAAUUGUAAACAACUGUCAUAUAACCAAAGGUAUAUUAAUGUUCCCUUAGCUUAAGGUUCCUUGAAUUGUACACAUUUUUGUUAAUGAAAUAUAUUAAAGAUAUGUUUGAAAAAGUCCAAAAAAUUGAAAAUUGAAAAAUUACUCAGGCAAUGAUGGAAAGUAGUUGUAGUUUAAGGAACCUUAAAAGUUUUGAAAUAGUGAUUUUGAUAUAAAUCCAAAAUCAUAAUCCCAAGAUUCCGGGGUAUUCCGUGAAUCAUGAUAUUUUCUCAUCUUGAAAUGUGUGACUGCAUGUAUUUGUGUAAAAGAAUGAAAUUUGGUGUAUUUGAUGUAAAAUGAUGUAUUGAAUUGGUCAGAAAUUUGUCAGCAUCUUGCCCAGAAACACACUUUAUAAAGAUAUUGUUUUAAAAACCAUGUUACAGGUACAUGUACCGAUCAAUCUUUCGCCAGAAGAGGGAUUUGGCAAUGAUUACAAUGACAGAUGUGGGGAGCAAGUAUGAUUUUCUGAUCCGAGAACUCUGUCUGAAACCCCUUUACUGUACCACAUGUUUUAAAGGAGAAAAGAAAAAUGCCUCUUCCGGGGAUGGUUUUAAAACAUGCAAAUCAAUUCUGUGCAAAUGAUUGCUGGCUCAGAUUCUGACUCUAUCUCUUGAGCUAUAUGAUGAAUUCGGUUCAGAAAUGCCAUAAAUCUGUUGCAGAUCUGAGAUGCAUUUUGAGUCUAGAAUUCUAUUAACAUAGAAGUGCAUCAGAAAUAAUGUGAUAUUUCAGAUGUGGUGUUCAUUGCAUUUUGCUGGACCCAACUCUUCAUAUGGACCUACAAUAAAAGAAUCUUUGUAAAUAGAAUAUAGAAUCAAUGGUUAGUGUGUUCAAAUUGUCAGCAUUUUUUCAUGUGAUACCUCCGUAAUAACCCUAGAAUAUCCCAGUUUGUCUAUUUGUUGCAGUCUUAGCUCAAACCUAGUCAUCCCUUGGCAGCCAGAAUGGAAUAUCCAACUUUGAGUGUUACUGUAUUAACGGACGAGUUCAUUAUGGCUGCAAUUGGGUGUGCUUGCCUAAUGCAAUAUAGCGUAAUGUAAAUAAUGCCUUGUCUGUCGACUGAUGCAGCAACAUUAUCAGUUAUAGUAUUCAUUUUCAUUCCUGCACACUUUCCUGAGAAUUCGCCUGUUGCUAGAUCAUCAAACAUGACAGUGAAGUGGCUGAACUUCGUCAACUUGUGGGAUCAGACACUGUUAAAAAUGAUGUCAUGCUGCAGUUUCUGUGGCAUGACGUCAUUUUCAACAGUGUCUGAGCCCAUCACUUGGUGAAGUUCGACCAUUCCAUCGCUUGGUACACUGAUCUGGAAAGAGGGGAAUAACAUGCUGUUCAAAAUCAAAAGACCUUCAUAUGGUGUUUAUGGCUUUUCCCACAGAAUAAUUGGAUUCAGGGCUAGGGAAAAAUUUGUCCUUCAUUUCCUUCAAGUUCCUUAGGGAAAAAUACAUAAACAUGUCAUGCGUGUCUGUUAACCUGUUUUCAAAUGAAGAGAUUUGUGGCAUAGGCUUACUUAAAUACUUAGAAAAUGAUCCCCAGUUUACUAAACUCAUCCUUUGUUGCCGGACAUUUCUAGUUUUGUUAAUGAGUGAAGGACAUAAUUGACUGAUUCUUUGCUUGUUUCUGACUUGUUGCACAUCGUACGGGGAAGUAAGAUGUACUUUCUUGAUUUGUAUUUUAAGAUAUUUUAUAUGAUUUAUAUUUAUUAUCAUUGUUUGUACUUUCUCUUUAGUUAUGAGUUGGAAGGAGAGCUCACUUAGGUGUGAUCUCAAAUUGACAACUGGUACUGUGCAUUUUGAUCGUCUGUUGGGGUGAAAUGUACAGGUGACUUGGUGUCAGCUUGAGGUGAAAAUGUGCCCCAGUUAUGAGGUAUCAAUCUUUGAUAUUCUUUAUGGUUCGAGGGCUGCAGAAUUUUACUCAAUUCAGAACAACCAACACCUGCUAAAGAAUUUAGAGGGAAAAAGCACAACAUUUCUCAAACUGGUUCAAAAAUCGCUUUGUUACGCUUCCAGACUAGUCUCAUUUAAACUGUUCAUGAUAACUUGCAAAGUUUUACCUGUGCAUUCAUAUGCAGUGAUCUGUAUUAAAUGCACAUAUCACUCUGAUCAAGUUAUGUUGAAAUGUACAUCUGCAGCGCUUGCUUUUGUAAAAUUGUGGUGUCAACUUUAUAUCAUUCAAUGUAUGAAUAUAACUUUCAUGUCACCCAAAGUUUACUUGAGUUUCAUGUACAUCCAAUGCAGUAAACUGUACACAAAUAUACAUGUGCUUCAAGUAAAAUGUAGUGGAAAUGUACUCAUUGGUGAAGGAUACUAUAUUUGUAUAUUUUUAUGACCACAUUUAUCAUGAUUUCUAUUUAAGAUUGAAUUUUAUAUUCUGUGAAUGGUUCUAAUGUCGUGGAAUGAUUUCGUCGUCAUACAUGUACAUGUAGGUCAAACAUAAAGUGUGAAAUGUACUGCAUGCGGAAGAAAUGUGCGAGUCGACCAUGAUUCUGUUGAUAGCAUGGGUUUUACUUAAGCGCAGAUGUUAUGAAUUCAAAAUUUACAUUUUGAAAAUGAAAGUAUUUGAAAUGCCUUCCACGGAAGCUGUAUGCUCCCUGUAUGUCACAGAUUUUGGCCUCCUUCCCAUUGUAAUGUCUCUGUCCUCGCCGCUGUAUAGGCUAAGUAAACAAAUAUGGAAUGCAAUACAGGUGUGUAAAUGUUAAGAGUUCGAAGCCAGUGUCUAAGUUUCUCUGCUCUAUUAGCUGGAUCCCAGGGAAUCGGUCAUCAUACAUGUACAUAUGUACUUAGCAUGUAUGUGUAUGUUAAAGGGCCUUGGGGUGAGGUUAAUACAGGAGAAUAACCUGUGACACAGUGUGUACAUGUACAUAUAUUUCAGUUACACCCUUUCUAGACUGAGGGACAAGAACAAAGUUGGAUUUAGGCGAACACUUCUGCCUGGUUGGUGAUGUUGAAACCAAAUUAGACCAGAGAAGGUCAAGUAAAUACAUCAUGAGACUGCAGCAUGUGGCCUGAUGAAUUUGUCAGGGAUGGAUGAUCAAGAUCCGUUCUCUUGGCUUCUGACAUUUUCAUGACCCUCAAUAUAGUAAACUAUCAGAAAACACUUCCUAAAAAAUUCUAUGAAGACACAGAGAAUCUUCAACGAUGUAAAUUGUGUAUUGGUGUAUGUUAGGUUGUCUUUCAACUUCUAGACGUAUAUUAGAGAAAAUAAAAGAAAUCUCCUUCA